CCAAAUGCCUGUCGGUUAAAACCUGGAUCGAGAAAAAUAAACUUUUGCAAAGAAAAGAGGGAAUCUUGAAUCCAAGUGAGAAUGAAUUCCCUACUAAACGACUUUUUCCCAUGCCUUACUUUUGAUUCAAUGCUCAAAAUUGGGUCUUCUAUCGAUUGCCCCAUUUCUGUUUUUUACUAGCUGGCCUUUCCCAGAAAGAAAAAAAGAAAAAAAAAAAAACCUAUUCACCCUUCAGACUCGGUACAUCAAUCGUCUCCAACACCCUAGAGGCAGGUAUACGCCUGUACGGAGUACCUACCUCAUCCUUCUUAUAGCCCCGCCUUCCAUGCAGAAGAGGCGUGAGCCCCUAGGGCCCACCAUUUCAGGCGAGCUUGCUUCUGAAUCGAGCGACAACUGGCCGCCCAUCCAAAACUUGACCUCAUACAGCAAUUACCUGUUGCGGAUCGACAAAUCCGACCUCCACUCCACAAUCAACGGUCCUGGUUGAGCAAUAACAUUCAGCAUUCUAUUCUGCCUCAGAAGCUGUUCGUAUCGGAUUCAUAUCGUCUUCGCGCAAAAUGCUCUCGUAUCGUAUCUUUAACGUCCAGUCCCCCUGCUCAACUUGCAGAGAAAUUGUUCGGAUUAUAUAUUAGUCGAACUCGCAUAUUACUUGUGGAGCUUCGCUGAUAUCAUCAUGACAGCAUCUUUUGCAAAUCCCGCGCUUCUGCCGCCCUCCUUGUCCCCAGCGUGGUUCAAAACCCGAUGGUGACUGC